UCCCCCGUUGCCAGGACAGCUGCAGCAGUCGCCCGAGAUGCAGAGUGUCGCCGUCCUCGCCUGCCUGCUGGCCGCCGCCCACGCCGGGAUCGUAGCGCCGCCCCACCUCCCUGCGGCUCCAGCGCCGGCGCCGGCCCACGCCGUCGUCUACGACCACUACGCGCCGCCCAGCUACAAGUUCGACUACGCCGUGGCCGACUCGCACACGGGCGAUGCCAAGACGCAGUUCGAGCACCGCGACGGAGACCGCGUGACCGGCGCCUACAGCCUCAUCGACGCCGACGGCACGACCCGCAUCGUCGAGUACACGGCCGACGACCACAACGGCUUCCAGGCGGUCGUGAAGCGCGUCGGACACCCGACGCCGGCGCCGCCCAGGGCCGUGGUCGUGGCCGCCCCUGCUCCGGCACCCGCCGCCCACGCGCCGGUGUACGCCGCCCCCGCCCCUGCUCCAGCCCCUGUCGCCCACGCUGCUGUUUAUGCUGCCCCUGCCGCCCACGCUCCGGUGCAUGCCGCCCCCGCCGGCCACGCAGCUGUUCUGAUCGCCCACGCUCCCGCCGCCCACGCAUACGCGUACCCGGCACCAGCGCACGGUCCCGCGCCUUACCACGGGAAAGCAGUCCCCAAUGACGAAGGUAACGUGACAGAGGAUACUUUCUCUCGUCCCUGCCGGACAUUGGACACGUACUUAAGCGGGAGCAGCGAACGCAGAGCCGCACCACACCCACAUCACCUGUUGCCAGGACAGCUGCAGCAGUCGCCCGAGAUGCAGUGUGUCGCCGUCCUCGCCUGCCUGCUGGCCGCCGCCCACGCCGGGAUCGUAGCGCCGCCCCACCUCCCUGCGGCUCCAGCGCCGGCGCCGGCCCACGCCGUCGUCUACGACCACUACGCGCCGCCCAGCUACAGGUUCGACUACGCCGUGGCCGACUCGCACACGGGCGACGCCAAGACGCAGUUCGAGCACCGCGACGGCGACCGCGUGACCGGCGCCUACAGCCUCAUCGACGCCGACGGCACGACCCGCAUCGUCGAGUACACGGCCGACGACCACAACGGCUUCCAGGCGGUCGUGAAGCGCGUCGGACACCCGACGCCGGCGCCGCCCAGGGCCGUGGUCGUGGCUGCCCCUGCUCCGGCGCCCGCCGCCCACGGUCCAGUGGACGCCACCCCCGCCGCCGUCCCUGUCGCCCAUGCUGCGGUCCACGCCGCCCCCGCAGCCCACGGUCCCGUGUACGCCGCCCCUGCUCCCUCUCCCGUCACCCAUUCCGCUGUUUACGCCGCCCCUCCCGCCCACGCGCCGGUGUACGCAGCUCCCGCUCCCGCCCCAGUCUCCCACGCAGCUGUCCUGGCCGCCCCCGCUCCUGCCGCCCAUGCGUACACGCACCCAGCACUAGCACACGUUGCUGCAGCCCACGGCAGCCACCUCCCCUACCAUGGGUAGAACAAUAACAUCGUGUACAACGACAAGUCAGCACCCUGUAUCAAACCACUACGUAAAAAUGACAGGAGUUUAUAAUUUUCGUUAUUGUUGACUCGUCAUUACGUACUAAUGAUUCAAAUCCUGUACUGUAAAAGCAAGUGGUGUAAAAUAAACCAUAAAUUACAAAGUAA